AUGCUUCGCAAUACACUCCCCACGCUUUGUGGUCUCAUAUCUGUUUCUUCCGCGGCGCUCUACGACACCGUGAUCGAGACCAAAUAUGGCUCGGUCCAGGGUUAUCCAGCUUUCGACAGCAGCAAUACUGGCAACCUAACGCACUGGAAAGACAUCACCGUGUGGAAGGGCAUUCCAUUUGCUGCGAGCACCGGAGGGGCCAACCGCUGGAAAGCGCCGCAGCCCGCAAGCCCAUGGAACCAGACGCUGGAUGCGCGCAACUGGGGCCCUGUCUGUCCCUCAGCCACCACCGGAGAUAAUAGCUACACCAUUGAUGAGGACUGCCUCAACCUCAAUAUCUGGAGUCCGGCCAACUCCACCGAUGCGAAGCUUCCCGUGGUCAUGUGGAGUUAUCCCGCCGAGUCGACUGCGGCCGAUCCUCUCUUCGACGGCGGUGGUAUGGCGGACAAGGGAAUCGUCUUUGUCAAUUAUAACUACCGCACUGGUUCGUUUGGUUGGCUCGCCCACUCCGAGCUCUCGGAGGAAUUCGAGCAGGUGACUGGGUCCAAUAGCUCAGGCAAUUGGGGAAUGCUGGAUCAGUUCGCCGCCUUGAAAUGGAUCCAUGCCAAUAUUGAGGCCUUUGGAGGUGAUCCGAAUCACAUUACCGUCCAAGGCCAAUCCGCUGGCUCCGCAGCUACUCAGCACAUUUUGUACAGCAAUCUGACCCGCGAUCUGAUUGUCGGCGCCAUCAUUGAGAGUGGUGUCCGGGACCCCCACGACCCCCUGUGCACCAGCCUCGCGGAAGCCUACACCACGCUGGAAGAUGCGCUGAAGGACGGUGAUGCCUACCUGUCGAACUUGGGAGUUUCCAGCAUCGCCGAAGCCCGCAACCUCAGCAUGCAGGCAUUGAUCGACGGAGCGACCGGCACGACCCGUGAUGACACGAUCAUGUUUGAGGCCGUCCUGGAUUAUUACGCGAUGCCGGACACCUACCUCAACAUCCUCAUGAAAGGUCUGGCCCACGACGUCCCAGUCAUCACUGGAAACAACAAGGACGAGAAUGGUGCGACCUACGGCCUUGAUAUUUUGCUCGCGGAAUAUCUGCAGGACCUCAACGAAACGUACAGUGGGGAAUGGGUGGACCGGUUUCUGAGUCUUUAUCCGGCGAAUGACUCGACAACCGCAUCAGGGGCAUAUAAUUCCAUGUUUACUGACCGAUCCAGGGUGGGUACCUGGCUGUGGACUCAGAUGUGGUAUACUGCUAAGAGCAGCCCCGUUUGGAACUACUUCUGGGAUCACGCGCCCCCCGGUCAGACUUCCGGCGCCUAUCACGAGUCGGAGAUCAAUUACGUGCUGAACAAUCUCUAUGCCACCGACAAGCCCUGGACCGCCGAGGACUACGCUAUCGCCAACAAGAUGAACGACUAUUGGGCCAGCUUCAUCAAGACGGGAAAUCCUAACACGCAGGCUCAAGGUACGGUCGCGUGGCCCGCAGUGAAUGCCUCCAAACUGGUCCAGCAUGUGGGUAAUGGAUGGGGCCAGAUUCCUAUUGCCUGGAACAAGAAGGUCGAACUAUUUGAGGAUUGGUUUGCCACCUUAGUGACAUAUUGA